AUGCCGCGGCAUAUUUCCCUUCCCCCCGCCAUUCACUCCUCCCCCAAAAAAAUGUCCAUCGAAAUUUUACCGACUGAGCUCAUUCUCCUAAUAGCCUCUGUAUUGCCAUGCGAAUCAUCUCUCGUUGCCUUGGCCUUGUCGAACCGUCGCCUCUAUGAAAUCUGUAACCCGUUCCUUUAUCAGUACAACGUGCUCCACGGGCACAGCUCUGCUUUGAACUGGGCGGCGGAAAAUGACCGGAUCGAUACACUACAGAAGGCGCUAGACGCUGGAGCCCCUUUACUGAUGGGACGGCCUCUGAACGAGGAUCCGAGCCUCUUCAAGCCGCAUCCGCUCUCACUGGCGGCAAAAAAGGGUCAUACCAAUAUCGUCCGAUACAUGGUUGAUCGUGGUGUGAGCCCUGACAUCACGACCCGGGAGCUACUGACUCCGCUGGCGCUGGCUGCCGCCCGUGGCCAUGCUUCUCUAGUUACGUAUUUGCUGCAAGUGGGAGCCAGACAGGGGAUUAAAGAUGCUCGAGGCCGCCGGCCUGUGUUCCUGGCGGCGUCUCAGGGCCAUACGGAAGUGGUUGAGCUGCUUUUGUCUGCUCCUAAGGAACUUGGGAAUAAGCCCGAUAAAGAAGAACUGAUGACAGAGGCCUUUCUCGCGGCGGUUCAGGCUGAACAGGUCCCAGUGGUCCAGUUACUAUUCGCACACGGAGCGCAAUUAAACAUCGGUUUUGGAUGGUGUCCUCUUACUGUGGCAGCGAACAACGGAAAUAGCGAUUUGGCGGCGCUACUUCUUGCACACGGUGCAGAUCCGAACUUCAUUGAGGAAGGACAGGUGUGGGCGCCCUUAACGGUGGCAGUAGCCAAUGACCAUAAAGAAAUCUCCCAGAUGUUGGUCCACGGAACUGCAUGUCUCCACCGCACCAGAGCACUGGCCAUCGCAGUCAAACGGUGGAACAGACCAAUCGCCGAGAUGCUACUUCGAUGUGGCGCACCCCCUCAGUUCUGUCCAUCCGAGGUACUUAAUUUGCCGGAUGGUAUACCUGGUAAUGACGGGCAAUGGGUGCAGCCACUUCUCUUUGCCGUGGAGAGUGGCAAUCUGGAGCUUGCACAAUUGCUCCUGGAGUAUGGGGCAGAUGUAAAUGUGGCGUGUUUCGAACACCCUGGCGGCGAACGUGACAAAGAUUUUAACCGCGUCCUGUUCUGCGCUGUGGAGAAAUCCGACGAGACGAUGGUGAAUCUGCUACUAGAGCAUGGCGCAGAUCCGAGGAUUACUGAUCUAUACUCACAGUCUCCGCUUUCAUAUGCCGUUUACAGCAAUUGUGAGGCCAUUGUUCGCUCCCUGCUGGAUCACGGGGCAAAUCCUUACCGGGCAGUGGAUCAUUGUGACAGGAAACUGAUAAUGUUUUGGCAAAUGAAUCAAUCGAUCUGGGCAAUGCUACAAGAGGCAGAGGUGAAGUGGACCGAGCAGCAUUCGUGCUGA